UUUUCAUGCAUUAUUAGGACAUACGUAAGCCACUGUUGGCCAGCAGCACUGCAGCAUGUGGCCGCUUUUGUACACCGGCCUGGUGUUCUUUGGCUUUUAUACAGCUUUCCGAUGCCCUAGCUGCCUGAACUACAUUAAGGUCGAUGCCAACUACUCGCUUGCCGCAGCUUGCUUUUUCCUGGGGCUUGGAGCAAGUACAUUACGCUUUAAGCAGUUGAUUGGCACACAGCUUGGACUAAGGAACAUCGCCUUUAGUUUCUGCAUCGGAACAUUCUUGUGGCCAGCGUUGGGCCUUACAGCGGCCGUCCUGGCCCUUCGGAACAGCCUGCCCUUCGCUAUGGUGGUGGGCUUCGCAAUCCUAGCAGCUUGCCCAGUCGGCGCCCCCAUCAGCUCCCUCCACACCCACAUCGCCGGCGGCUCCCUGGAGUGCUCCCUCCUCAUGUCCCUCAUCGCCGCCCCCUUUGCCCUCAUCACCUUCCCCUACGCCUUCCGCCACUUCCUCCUGCUGCUGCUGGACCAGCCCUGCCCCUCGCCCUUCUCCUCCGGCUUCUCCCUCGUCUUCACCUUCUUCUCAAACGUCGUCUCCUCCAUGUCCGCAACCUCUGCUGAGGCCGCAAAGUCAUCCGAGGAGAUCCGAAACCAGCUCACCGCCUCCCUGGACGUCCCCUCCUCCGUCUUCUCCGGGCUCUGGAACCAAGCCCUCUUUGGCGUCUGCCUGCCCCUAGCAGCCGGCGUGCUGCUUGCCGCCAAGCUCCCCUCACAGCGCCUGGCUGCCAAGCUGCGUGUCCGUGGACCCCAGCUUGCCGCGCUGCUGGUCGCCUACACAGCCGCUAUUCAAACCGCAGGCAGCGCAGUGGCCGCAGGCCUGGCGGGCGGCGUGAAAGCGGUGGCCAGGAGCGAGGCGGUGGUGCCGCGGGUGGUGCUGGAGGGCGAGCAGCAGCAGCAGCAGCUGCCGCAGCUGGAGGGCGUGGAUGUGAUGUUGGUGGUGGUGGCGCUGCUGGUGGUGGUGGUGAUGGUGGGGGCGCUGCACUGGGUGGCGCUGCUGCUGGGCUGGCUCAUACCGGCGGGGGUGGGGUCGCCGGGCUGGACCUGCCGCACUGUCGCGUACCAGGCCACCAUGCGCAACCCGCUGCCCGGUCUGGCCCUGGCCACCGCCCUGUUCGGCAGCUCCCCCGCCUUCCCCCUCGUGGCGGCCCCCUGCGUGGCCUCGCUCACACUGCAGGCGGCCCUGGGCGCAUGGACGGCGCUGUUGGGCUGGCUGCGGCCGCCCAAGCAGCCGGCAGGCCCCCCGGGGGCGGUGGCGGGCGGCGGAGGGGCGGCCGGCAGGGCAUCCAUGGUGAACUCGCAGAGGUCCAUCCUUCGGCAGCAAACCCUCUCUAGGUCCCACCGCAAGGAGCACUGAAGGCGCUGAGGAGCAAGGCGGCUUAAGACGAAGUGCAGCUGCAUGCAACGCCCGCGAGUUUUACAUGCGUCUGCAUGUGUGAAUGGACAGUCAGACGUGACAUGAGUGUCAUUGGCUUGGCUUGGCGGGGUUCCUACUUGACUUGCCAAUUCUUAUCAUUGAUGGGGCUGUUGUGAGUCGCGUGUUAGGGCUCUCCUCUUCGGUUCCAUACCCACGUAUGCGGAUGGUUGCAACAAGCAACCUACACCAACGAAGUAUUGUGAUCCGCUAAUUGUCCGGCACAGCCUGGAGGAUCGUCCUUUUGUGGUAUUCGUAGCAGACUGUUGUAACCCACCACCGGUUGUAACGGGCUUCCUAUUUCGUGGCGUCGCAGAGUUCGGGUUAUAACAUUCCUGUAAGGGUGAGGCCUUGCAGACCAUGUCGACAUGCAGGUCCCUACCACCACCGGCUGUCCCGUCCCCGUUGUGCGGUGGGUCUACAGGAUGAUGCUUAAUGGCUUUAAUUGUUGUGCUUUGAAAGAUGAUGCGAUUGUGUGUUAAAAAAAUCUGGCUGCGAGUCGGAACGUACUGUGAUUGCCGGAAGACGUGUGCAGUGUUCUCCUCCGUGGUGCUCGUGUACUUGGAGUUCGGCGGCUCUUCGUACUUUGAAGCCAGUGGCCCCUCCUGCACUGUUCGUUUUGCCUGCUCUCCAACUGAGUUUUUGUCGCGCGAUGGUAUUUUUGCUUGUUUGGGCACACUCUUGUCAUGUGCCCAAACAAGAGUGUACCCAAAGGAAAUGCCUUUAGAAGAGACCACUAGGUGCUCUUGUCAACUGCUUGCAUGGGUUGCCAUGCUUUUGUGCCAUCGAAUGGCGCUGGGAACGUGCGUGCAUGUCAGGGCGUGCAACGGCUGAGGAACGGCUUGAUUGAGGCAGUGCGUGCGUGUAUUCGUGUGUGAAUGCAGAGGUCGCCGAGCUAUAACUUUCACCUGCAUUUCCAACAACUCUGCGUGCGAAUUGGGGUCUUUGGCGAGGAUAGCUUGCGUGUGCGUGGGGGCUUAAACACGGUAAUGAAGUGAGGUCCGCGCCAUGGAAGGGCCAUUCAAUACUUGCCGUGACCGUGGGCAUCGUCGGCAGGUUAGUCGUGGCGAACCAUGCCUUUUCGAGGCAGUUACAGUAGGCAGGACUGAAAAGGUUCGUUAUCAGAGUCUUUGGUUCCUGGUACCAGUUGUGUCCGUAUAGAUGCCAUCAAUACGGAAGCAUCCUGAACGUUAUGUUUUGCCGCAACAUGGCCCCAUUGUGCAUUAUAACUUUCCCAUGACUGUUGAUAACAGGUCA